AUGGUGCAUUCCAAAGUUGUUGGAGUUGCAUUAGUGAUAUUGAUCUUUGUUGAUCUUGCUUUUGGUGCAAGAUUCUAUGGUAGGGGAGGAGGCGGUGGAGGCGGAGGUGGUGGUGGUGGUGGUGGUGGAGGGUCAGCAUUGGGGGUAGGUUCAGGGUCAGGGGAAGGCUAUGGAUAUGGUGAGGCUAAUGAUGUGUUUGCGAGUGGUGGAGGCGGUGGUGGAGGUGGAGGCGGCGGUGGUGGUGGUGGAGGGAACUCGGGAAGGGGUAGUGGCUCUGGAUAUGGCUCAGGAUCAGGGUCAGGGUAUGGAUCAGGUGGUGGAAUAGGUCGGGGUGGGGGUGGUGGUGGUGGCCAAGGUGGUGGUGGUGGUGGUGGCUCCGGAAAUGGUUCAGGAUACGGUUCGGGUUAUGGAAGUGGUAGUGGUUCUGGUUAUGGUAGUGGUGGUGGAAGUGGCGGAGGAGGAGGCGGCGGUGGAGGUGGUGGUGGUGGCGGUGGCGGCAAUGGUUCGGGCUACGGUAGUGGCUCUGGCUAUGGAUCAGGAUAUGGAGGAGGAAAUGGUGGCUAUGGUGGUGAUGAACCUUGA